CGCGCGGCCCGGCCGCUCGCGUCCGUCGUUUUAAACGACCCCGACGCGGCGGCGGCGCUGCGCGACGACUGCGCGACGUUCCUCGCGUCCGAGGCUCUUUACGCGCGCCGCGGCAUCCCCUACCGGCGGGGCUACCUGCUCCACGGCGCGCCGGGCACGGGCAAGACGUCCGCGGCGCUCGCCAUCGCCGCGGAGCUGGAGCGGACGCACGGCCUGCGGGGCCUCUACGUCGUCUCGCCGGCGCUGGACGAGCUCAACGACGCGACGUUCGCAGAAGCCUUACGCAACGCCAAGAGCCCGUCGAUCCUGCUCAUCGAGGACGUCGACGCGGCCUUCUCCGCGCGCGAGGGCCGGAACGCGAACGGCCUGACGUUCAGCGGCCUGCUCAACGCGCUGGACGGCGCGCUCGCGCAGGAGGGGCGGCUCUUGUUUUUGACGACGAACCACCCGGAGAGGCUGGACCCGGCGCUGGUCCGCCCCGGCCGCGUGGACUACAAGCUGGAAUUCGGCCACGCGACGGACGACGCCGCGCGGCGCUACGCGGCGCACUUCUACGCGGACGCGGCGACGCCGGCGGACGUCGCGGCCAUCGCCGCGGCCGCCGCGGGCCAGCGCCUCUCCGUCGCGCAGCUCCAGGCCGCGUUCUCCCGCCACCCGGACGACCCGCGCGCCGCC